CACGGCGAGGAUAAAGCAAGAUGGCGUCUGACGGUGAAGACGUUAUUGCAGUCGUCACAGUUCAAUGUUCUUAAUCUGUGCCUCCAUGUACACAUAUAUGUCCUUUAUUACACUCUAGUAAAUAGAGUAAACAUCGUUAAUAACUGUUUGCAUCCGGUUGUAUUAGUCUGAGCGCACUUUGAUGCUUCUCGAGCUAGCUUAGCUUGCUAGUCAGCUUAGCUUGUUAGCUGCUAACAAAGAGAGGCGGAAGUGAUCAAAACACAUCGCUAAGUAGAGAUCAAGUGUGAGUGUAAAGUGUUGUGAUUGUGUGAAAAUGUGCCAAAGAACCACAGCAGAGUACGAGGAGGAACUUUGUCCAACAAAAGAGGAGAAGGAGCGACAACAUGAAAAACAUCAAGUUGUGUUACACAGAACAGACAUCCAUCAGCUGAUUGGACACCAAGAAGAAUGUCUCCCUCAUCUGCAGGGGGACAGUUUCACUUUAGAGUAUCCACAACCCUCACAUUUUAAAGGGGACAAGAAGGAUGCACAGCCCUCUUAUUUCAAAGAGGAAGAGGAGGGAGAGUGUCCUGUAGGGCAGGAGGAGGCUGAUGUCAGCAAGUUUCCACUGACUGUUGUCUCUGUGAAGACUGAAGAGCAUGAAGACAAACCACCUGAGUCCUCACAGCUUCAUCACAGUCCAAACGUUGAAGAAGAACCUCUACCCCAUGAGCAGGAGAAGGAACCACAGUCCCCCAACAUACGCGAGAAAGAAGAGGUACCACAUUCCCAGCACAGCAAAGAGGGAGGAGAGGAGCCACAUCCCCCCCACAUUAAAGAGGAAGGCAAGACGCCACAGACCCAUAAUGUUAAACUGACCCUUCACAUUAAAGGGCAAGCGGAGGACCCACUCAUCUUACACAUCAAAAAGGAAGAGGAGGACCUACUGACCCCUUACUUUAAAGUGGAAGAGGAGGACCAUGAGCCACCGCACAUUAAAGAGGAAGAGGAGGAAGAGGGCAUCAGUCAGCCUAAAUGGUUGGAGGAGUUCCCAGUGACUGGUGUCCCUGUGAAGAGUGAAGAUGAUGAGGUGAAAGGUGAAAGUGAGGAGAGGGGAGGGGGGGAGCCUCCAAGCAGCAGCUCAACACAACACAUGACAACAGAAGCUGAUGGAGACCACUGUGGAGGAUCACAAGCAGACAAGCUCUUAGCUCCACUAUCAGAUAGUGAGGACACAACGUCACACUCUCCUGACACUGAUGAUGAAGACUCUAAAGAUGAUAAGACAUGUCACACUGACAACACUCACUUCACAUCUUCUCACUCCCACAAAACCUUUAAAUACCAUUGUCGUCUGAAAAGACACAUGAGAACACACACUGGAGAAAAACCUUUCUCUUGUUCAAUCUGUAGUAAAGGUUAUGCACAAAGUCAGAAUUUGAAAAGACACAUGAAAACACACACUGGAGAAAACCUUUUUACCUGUUCAAUAUGUGGUAAAGGUUUUACAGAAAGUCAACAUUUGAAAGUACACAUGAGAACACACACUGGUGAAAAACCUUUUUCAUGUUCAACCUGUGGUAAAGGUUUUACAGAAAGUCAGAAAUUGAAAGUACACAUGAGAACACACACUGGUGAAAAGCCUUUUUUCUGUUCAACCUGUGGUAAAGGUUUUGCACAAAGUCAGGAUGUGAAAAGACACAUGAGAACACACACUGGUGAAAAAGCUUUUUCCUGUUCGAUCUGUGGUAAAGGUUUUACAAGAAGUACAGAUGUGAAAAGACACAUGAAAACACACACAUUCCUGUUCAAUCUGCAACAGAAUCUUUUGUCGACGACCAAACCUUGUAGCACACAUGAGAAGACACCCAGGAGAGAAAGUGUUGAGUUGCAGUGUGUGUGGUGAAAGAUUGUCUUCUAAGUACCAGUGUAAGAAACACAAGUGUGCUGGUGAGAACAGCAGCAGCAAAUGAAACUGCAGGAUUUGAAAUAAACUGUCCAGACUUUCAUUUUGACUUUCUAACAACAUCAGCACAUAUAACAUGUGUGACAUUGUUGUUUGUCUAACAAUCUGUUUAAUAUGAUCUUUACAUUUAUAGAUUACAUAGUUUGAAAUAUAAAAUUAUUACUUAUUUGUACUUGUAAUUGUUAAUAAUCCCAUAGAUUAUCACCUUUAUAUGAUAUACAUAUGUACUGGUUCACAUCUGAAACAUCUUCUGGACCACUUCAGGAAGCAUAUUAUUAUUUACUUUAUACAUCAUUUAAACAGUUGUCUUUUAUACAAUUUUAAAAUGUGUGAUUUUAUGAAUCAUUUGUUGGGAAUCUGUAAUCCAUUUUAUUAUUAUCUUUAUUACUCUCUUUUGUAUUAUGAUAAUUGUGUUGUGAUUAUUUUAAAUGUAUGUCCCCAGACCUCUAUGCAAUAAAAAGUGAGAGAAAAUGUCUGAA